AUGGCUACUGGAUUGCUAAAGGCUCUGAAGCUCUCCAAGCCAGUAAAAAACCUUUUUACACAUGAGAGAGAGAAUUGUGAUGUGAUAGGAGCUACUAAGGCAAACGACGCGCACCUAGGGUACCGCGGGGCGGAGAGGAGGCGGGAUGUCUCGCAGAGGCCAGCCCUGCGGAUGCAGGGCACCGGCAGAAUACUAAUUACAGGAAAAAGCCAAACACCCUUACAGGAGCUCCACCGUCCAGAAAGGAAAGCGGACCGGACUGCGUGCUGCCCUGCACCCGGACAACGCCGGGAUCUGCUCACUCAACUCGCCAACUCGCGUCGCACCCGGUGUCCGUCAGCACCAGCUUGCCGGGCCCGGCUCCCUUCGCCCGCCCGCCCUGCCCGGCGGAGCCGCAGAUCAGGGCCACCGAACAGUAACUUGCGGACGCCAGGGAAACUCCGUGCGGAUCUCCCCGCCCGCUUUCCGUCUGCCACGGAGUCCCGCUUCCCCGGGCGCACCGGAGGGCGCACUUGUGCCCAGCUGCGCCUUCCCCGGGCCCCCCGCAGGCGCACCCACUCACCUGGGGGCUCGCUGCCCUCUCCACGGCGUCCCGCGCCAGCCACCUGGGCGUUGGCAUCCGAAAGGGCGCGCGCUCAGCAGCCGGGCGCCCGCGGGCUCCUGGGGACCCAGGGCGCGCGGUGGGGCGCACGGGGCGGACCCGCGGCGCCCGCUCGGCACCCGCUGCGGCCGGCGCCCGCUCCGAUCACAGCCCUCUCCGCGGGACGCGGGCUGUGGGGACCCCGCGCGGGCCCCCAGCGCCCCGGUCCCGCCGGCUCGGCCGGCUCCCCGGGGUGGCUCAGACGCCGGGUCCGGAGCGAGAGAGCGAGCGGGCGCGCGUCCGGAGAGAGGGCGAGGGGGCGAGUGGGCGGGCGCAGAAGAGGCGGAGAGGACGCGCUGGGCCGGGCCAGGUGGGCGGGUGGCGGGGAGGAGCGGGUGGUCGGCGGCCGGCGCCGGCAGACAGCGCUGUGCGUGGCGGGACCCGGAGCCGCCGAGACUCCGGCACCUCCCGGAGCCCAAGUGAGGGCUCUUGGCACCGCAGCCGCUCCGCCGCCGCGCGCGCACCCUCGCGCGCGCACCCCCGCGCGCCCCUCCUCCACCGCCCUCCUGACAGCUCCGCGCAGACCGAGUCCUUCUCAGGAAAAUCCAGAAGAGCGGUGGAAGUAGGAGGGGCAGCAGCCCAUCCAUCUCCAGGCGAGGUAUUUGCAUCUGAAAACGCCGAGCUGAAGGAGAGUUUGGAGAAUUUUUUUUUUUUCCCAGCGCCCUCCCCUCCCCACCCCCAACCUGUCGCGGAAGCCGUGAUCAAUGGAGCUCCUGAGGCAUGAAGGCAAAGUCAUAAAACUAAUCAGAACUUA